AGGAUCAGCCCCCUCUCUCUCUCACACAUAAAUAUAGAUUAUAUUAUGGAUAAAAAAUACGUCUUUCUCUCUAUUCAAAAAGUGGAAAAAUAGAGGAAAAGAAGGGGUUGUGCCCAAAAAGGAUGAGGCUGGGAGGAGCCGUUUGAUUCCAGGAGCUCCUGUGAUGUGCCUGUGGGAAUGAAAAGGGGGAAUCAAAGCAAAUCCCCGGCUGGGCUCGGAGAGUGUGGCGAGCUGAGGUCCUGCGAGGUGUGUACAGCCAGCAGCCACCCCCACAACGGCACCGGCUGCGUCUGGGUGGGCUGCGGGACCCCCGAGGAGCCAGGAGCCGGGAGCUGCGUGCAGAGGGGCUCGGCAGUGCGGGACACCUGCGCACUCUUCAACAGCAGCGCCCUGUGCCGAGCACUGAAGUCUCACACGGAAGAGCCUCCACGAUCCCAUAGCAAGGAGCCAGUGACACACUCCACAAGGACCACCACCAGCAGUGCCCCGCUGACGGGCAGCCCCGAGUUCCACCCGCCCGGCUUCGACACGGCGAGUUUCAUCGGGGGCAUCGUGCUGGUGCUGUGCGUCCAGGCCGUCGCCUUCUUCCUCAUCAAGUUCAUCAAGUCAAAGGACAGCACCUACCAAACGCUAGAGGACAACCAGUAGGUUCUGGGUGCCGGUGGCACUGGGGAGGGGGUGUCCCCCCGCACCCCGCGGCUUCACCCUCGCCUGGCACCUCCCCGGGCAGAGGGGGGCGUGGGCCCUCCCUCCUGGUGUGCAUGACGGCUGUUUCCCAACCGGUUUUGCUGUUUCCUGCGAGUUGUUAGGGAUGGAAAGGAAGGGGGUCCCCCCUCGCCCCCUUUCUGGCACGGAGCCCCUCGGGGGGGCAGCCCCUUACAGCCCCUUCUGCCGCCUGGGUGAGGUGUCCCCAGUGCCCCCAGCCUCCCCCUGAGCCUCCUUGACAGCGUGGGGACUGCAGGGCUCCCAGUUUGGCCCCAGUUUGGCCCCAGUUUGGCCCCAGUUUGGCCCCAGUUUGGCCCCAGUUUGGCCCCAGCAGCCCCCUUCCCACUCUCAGCACCCUGCCCCACUGCCUCCCCACAGUCCCUGGGGCCAGGGGGACCCUCUUCCCCUCGUGGGUGUUUUUCCCGCUGGCAUUUUGGCUGGAGCACCCCACCACGGCCCGACACCCCCCGUGCCCCCCAGCCCCCCGUGCCCGCCAGAGGAGCGGAGCCAGGGCCUUGCUGUGUGCUUUUGCUGUGCCUCUGUGUGCUCUGGGGGGGCUUGGGGGGUUCCCUCUGCCCCGCCCUCUUUCUGUGUGCUGUUUUGGGGAGGGGGCUGCGUGUCGUGUGCUGUGGGGUGACACUUGUUUCUCGGGCUGCCCCCCAUUAAACUCUGCCAGGUGGUGUUUGUGUUGUGUCCGGGGUUGCUGUGGCUGGGGGGGGUGCAGGGGAUCCCCCCUCCCUCCAGGGCAGUCCAACCCUCCCCCAUGGUGUGGGUGGGCACUGGGACCCCCUCAGCACCCCCUCCCUGGGGGCUGCGAGUGGCUGGGACCCCCAGGGUGAAGCCCCCAGCACCUUUCCUGCUACUCUCCUCUCUGUCCAACACACCAGGAUCUGAGCUCCAGGCUGGGGGGUCGCUGUCCCCGUCCUCCCCAGGUGAAGAGGCCGCUGCUGGUGUCACCCUGCCCGCGGCCGGACUGUCCCCGCCCCACACCAGCACUAUGCAAAGCCGGGACAGCGGGGCGGGACACCCCCCGCCCGUCCCCACCCCGGGGGAUGCUCCGGGGCUUUGUGCCUCCGGCUGCUGCCGGGGGUGCAGCUGGGCCGGGGGGCCCAUCCAGCCUAAAUCCCACCCAGGGGACCCAGGGCAUCCAGGAAUGGAGGACACCUGGCCAAGGGUGGCAGUGGGGGACCCUUGGCUGGCCCCAGCCCCACACCGGGCAGAGCCCGAGCUGGAACGGGGAGGGGGGCAGAAACCAAUAAAGGAUUUUCCUGUAA